AUGACUUCGAUGUGUUCUGAUGACUGGCUGAUAGUGAGAAUGCCAAGGAAACCAUUUGGUAACGACACGGAAGUGAGAGCUGAUGACAUUCACCUGGGGAACAACUGCUCUGUAACCAGAAUCCUGAGCUUCAACUAUGAGUUUUCUUACCCUCUCGUGUCCUGUGAGAUCAGCAGAUUUGUGUUCCAGGGAAAUUAUGUUCUCAUAUUAUCCAAGAUCAGGUAUAGGCCAGUGCUGGAUCUUACCCAUAAUUUCCAGGUGGUCUGCUUCGUGAACAGGCCUAAAUUGCCGCCUGUAAAGCCUUUUGGAAUAAAUUGGUAUAGUGUGAGCUCUUUCAGUGUUGGCACGCACGUGGUAGGACAACAGGCGUCAGAUUCCUUGAAAAGUAAAACAUGUGCACCUGAUUUCACCAGUUCUCAUAAGAGCCAACUGCUAGUGAAACACUGGAUUAGCAAUUCCUCUGUUAAGAUUCCCUUUGUUCCCCAAGACAGAGAAGCAAAUGGUGCACAGUAGCCUGGGACCCAGUUUCAGCCACACUGUUGUUUCGCCCAUUUCAAGACCAGUAGUUACUUUGGUUAAACUGUUUAAAUGCCUUCUGGGAUUUGGGAUACUAUAGCUCUAUUGUGUCGUGUUUAAAUGCUUUACUGAAUUAAUUCUAAGGGGACUUGUCAUCAGAACUUUCUACUUGAAGGCUGAAUUCCCAAUAAAGCUGU